UAGAUAAAAAAAAACCUUUCCCAUGCCACGUUUAUAGAAAUAGACAAUAGAAAAAAGUUUGCAAGUGUCUAUUAAAUUUCACAUUCAAAAAUUUAGAAAAACCCUCGUUAAUUUUUAAAUAAUUAAAUCAAAUAAAAUUUAUUUUUUAUUUUUUAUUAAUUGUUACAACUUAAUUCAUUGUUUACAAAUUAUUUAUGAAUCAAUAUAUUAAAUAAUUAAGGAACGUCGCAGAUAUUUGUUACAUAAUCAUAUUACAUAUUUAUAUAUGUACAUAUAUAGAUACCGGCAUUUAUAUGAACUACCGUAUCGAUAUUUAGAAAUUAUUUAGCUUCCAGUGUCUCUAGUGUCAAUUGUCAAAUAAUUAUACUUACAAAAAUUAUAAUCAAUCAUAAUAAUAAAGUCAAUUUAUAUACAGGCAUGUAAUCGUGCGGUAAAUAAUUAAUUGUAAAAUUCUUUACCAAAUAUGUGAAGUGUCAAUAGUUAAAAUAUUUUAAAAUUUAAAAGAACAGUAUUAUAAUUAUAAUUUAAAUUAAAUAAUAUAAAUUUAUAUUGUUAACAAGUAUUAUAUUAUAAUUAAUUAGUUAAUUAUUUAAUGAUUUAAUUUUUAAAAAAAGUAUUUAUUGAUUGGAUAAAAAAAAAAUAUUUAAAUGAGUAGUUGUGGUUAAAAGUAUAAAUAUAAUGUAAAAACAAAUGAUGUCAAGAGAUCGCUUAAAUAAUAUCGAUGAUCGAAUUUUAAUUAAACACAAACUUGUAUUUAAUUUGCAUUGGAAAUUGAAAGACUGUUGGACUUUGUUAUGGAAUAAUAUCUACAUAGUUUUAACAAUUUUUAUUUGAAUCCAUCAGUUCUUUACUAAACUGCUGCUAAAAACUUUCAAACGAUAAAACUACUUUAUUAUAAUAAUAAUAAUUAUAAGAAAAACAAUUUGAUAUAUUAAUCAAUUAAUCAUGGAAAAGUCAUCGAAUUACUUCGAUUUAUUGACAGAACGACGAAAAUCUUCAGAUAUUUUGUGGGCAUCGCGUUAUAUGGACAUUAUUGUACCCCAUUAUUUGUCAUCAGAACACAACUGGUCCAGAAAUCAAGCCAUUGAAUUCACACUAAAGCACCCUAAGGUUCUAAAUGUUAUUGAAUCUUUGGCGGAAACGCAAAAUGUUGAUAAAUCUUUUAUUGUACGAGAAGCCAGAAAUAUUCUGGAAGAAGUUGCUAGCAGACAUCAUCUACCGACAUUCCGAUGGCUGGCAAUCGUCGUUGUCAAAGUAUUGAAACGUAUACUGCAGAGUUUUCGUGUAAACGUUAAGUAUUUAUUAGACAUUAAAGGCCAAAUGAUGUAUUCAGAUGUGCAAUACGUUUAUGUGCCAUCACAUCGAAGUUAUUUAGAUUUUAUAUUGAUGUCAUAUUUAUUAUUCAAUUAUGAUAUGGCAAUACCAAAUAUUGCAAGUGGGAUGGACUUUUACCGUAUGAAUAUUGUCGGUGAAAUAUUGAGGAAAACAGGAGCAUUUUAUAUGAGACGCAGCUUUUCGACAGAUUUAUUAUACAAAGAAACUUUCAAAGCUUAUGUUGCUUCACUAGUUGAACAUAGCGAUCGUGCUAUUGAAUUUUUUAUUGAAGGAACUAGGAGUCGUAGCCAAAAAAGUAUUGCACCUAAAUUUGGUUUACUGGGAAUGAUAUUGGAAUCAUUGUUUCAAGGAAGAAUUCCUGAUAUUCUAUUCAUACCAGUAUCAAUAAGUUAUGAUAAACCUUUAGAAGAAUCAUUAUUCUCUUAUGAAUUACUGGGAGUGCCAAAACCAGCAGAAACAACGACAGGGCUUUUCAAAUCACUAUCGAUAUUACGUGAACAACAGGCCCAUGGUCACGUUUACUUUCACAUCAAUCCUCCAAUAUCAGCAGCUAAAUUUAUGGACGUAUCAUCUAGGAAAAUAAGUGCCUUAUAUCCAAAUUCAAAAGUACCGGCUGAGAUAGUCAAAAAUAUUGCAUAUGCUAUUAUUGACAGCCAGAAAGAACACACUGUUUUUAUGCCUAUUAAUUUAAUUGCUGUUCUUGUCAAUGAGAGAAUUCAUUCUCACCCUGGUAAUCCUUACUCGUUUGAUGGCUUGCUGCAAGACUAUUGUUGGUUAAAGAAAUUAAUCACACAGUCACUGGGAUCAUCUGUUUAUCCAUCACCUGAAAACCUGGAAGAAGACAAUAUAAGAAGAUCAGAAAAAGAUGAAAUAAAAGAGUCUUUGAACACACAUAGAAAUUUAUUGGGCUUUGAUAGCAAUGGUAUGCUAAUAAUCCAUGGCUCGCAACGUGAAAUUAAAUCAAACAAAACAAUUCGUGUCAAAGGUCACACACUUGACGACCGGACAAUGUCAAUAGCCGUUCCAACAAUAAAUCUUGCUAUUUAUGUCAAUCCUAUAUUUGCAAUAUUUACGAAACUAUCUAUUGCAGUAUUAUCAAUAAAUAGUGAUAAUUUAUCUCAAGAAAUAGCCGAAGAACAAUACGUUUUAUUAAGAUCAUUAUUAACUACUGAAUUUGCACUACCGGAUAAUAAUGAUCGCGAAGUGAUAAUUGACGAAUUUAGAAAAGAAUUAUCGUUUUUAAUAAACGAAAAAUGUUAUAAAAUUUAUAAUAAUCAAUUGACUUUUGAUUGCAAUAAUACUUUAAGGAUGUUACUGAACAAUCUUUUGUUACCUUUUAUAUCUGCAAUAUAUGUAACUUGUAUUGUUUUACUUCAGUGGGAUAAAACCAUGGGGGAAUUAUCAGACCAAGAAAUAAUGAAAGAAUGCCAAAAACGUACGGAAAUUUUAUUAUUUCAAGGAGAAAGUUUUAUUAAUCAUCCGUAUACUUUAUCAUUAGAUUUAUAUACAUCGACAUUAGUUAGCUUAUCAUCAUACGGAGCAAUAACUUCAAUAGACAGUAAACCCCGUGUUUAUAAUCCCGAUAAAAAUAAACUGUCAUUUAUAAUAAGCGAGCUUGAAAAAAUAGUGUCCCAACGUCCACCAGGAAAUUAUGUCGAUCUGGCUCAAUCUUUUUUCCAUUUUGACAAUACGUUGCAAGCUAAACUUUGAGUAUAUAUACGUAAAUUUAUUAUGUUUAUAAUAUAUAAUAUAUUUCAAAAAUAGUACUCAGAUUUUAUAAAUAAAUUUGAAUAAUAAUUAUUCACAAUAUCAAUUACAAAAUCGCGGAAACUGAUUUUGAUAAAUCCUAUUUCAGUAUGUCUUAACGGAGGGCAUUUUGUGUAUUAAUUUACUGUGUCUGUAAAACGUUUAAUUGAAUAGGGAAUUUUAUUCGACUUUAUAAUUUCUAUCUUUUGUGUAAAAAAAUAUGUAAUAGUUUUUUUUUAGUUUUUUUUAAUGAAAUUUCUGUAAUCAAACAUUUUUAAUUAUACAAUAAAAAACUUUUGUAACCACUCGUCUGAC